CCUUGACUUCCUACGAGAGGUGAUUCCGGAUAAGUAAACGCAGGCACAACCUGGGAGGUCGCCAAAAUUUCUGAAUUGAAGGGGUGAUUUUUCGCCAUGGGGAUCAUACCAGAUGAGGGAAAGGCUCUCCCUCCUCCCGGAGUCGUCAACAGGAACUCGCUGUGGCUGGCCGGUGUAGGCUGGUUCUCCGCGAUGCUUCAUAAUGGCAUCAACCACAGGCCGCCGCUAAAAUCAGGUGUUCAUCGACAAUGCCUUCUGGCAACAAUUGGUUGGUUCAUCGGCUACCAUAUUACAAAAUAUGAAAAUUACAUUUACGCCAAACUUGACCGAGAUAUGACGGAGUAUAUCAGACUUCACCCAGAGGAUUUUGCACCAAAGGAAAAAAAGACCUUUGCAGAAAUUGUCGAGCCUUUCAUUCCUGUGCGCUAAGUGUUUGCAGCUGGUGAAGAUGCAAGAGGAAAGGAGAGAGGAAACAUUUGCAGAUUACCAUCUGUCUUGACUGGUCUUUUUGUGACAUAUUUCUGUCAUUUAUUGUGUGAUAUAUAGCUAUGUAAAUAAAAAAAAAUAUCCAA